UAAGUUUUCUGUGAGCGAGUUCAUCAUGUCGUAUUUCACCAGAUGGAUUACUGUACUGGUAUUGAUCGGUACUGUCUGGUCACAGUAUGUUGAAACAGAAUCAUCUUUGCGGUCAGCAAGAUUCGGUGGGAUCUUGUUGCAACCUUUGCGGAAACAAUUUUGCGAUACCUACUGCAGUCAUCUUAGUAGGUUUCUGUUCCUCCAGAACAUUGGUUGUUGUAUAAACUGUGCUGACCUCUGGAAGCCUAAUGAACCACCUGCGCCAAAUCCACCACCGAUGAAUGCGCCAAAUCCACCACCGAUGAACGCGCCAAAUCCACCACCGAUGAAUGCCCCAAAUCCACCACCGAUGAAUCCGCCAAAUCCAUCAUCGAUGAAUGCGCCAAAUCCAUCAUCGAUGAAUGCGCCAAAUCCACCACCGAUGAAUGCGCCAAAUCCACCACCGAUGAACGCGCCAAAUCCACCACCGAUGAAUGCGCCAAAUCCACCACCGAUGAAUGCCCCAAAUCCACCACCGAUGAAUCCGCCAAAUCCAUCAUCGAUGAAUGUGCCAAAUCCAUCAUCGAUGAAUGCGCCAAAUCCACCAUCGACGAAUGCGCCAAAUUCAUCAUAGUUGGAUGCGCCUAAGGCCUAAGACAACAAGUUAACCAUCAAUAUCUACGCCAAUGCCAAUGUCUAUUCUGUGCCAAUGGAUCUGUCGUUGUGCAAUUCCUACCAAAUCACCUAAUUAGGAAACUAGUUUAGUCUUAUCUUAACAAAUUUUUGAAUUGUCGUAUUGAAAUUGAAACAAAUAAAAGUAUAUAGCUUUUGAAAGAUAUGUUAAAAUGUCUAUCGAAAUGUUAUCUUUUCUUGCAUUACCUAUAUACUUUUAUUUGUUUUAAUUACAAUACGACAAUCCAAACACAAUUGUUAAGAUAAGACUAAACUAGUUUCUUAAUAGAGUGAUCUUGUAGAAAUUGCUUUAUUAUAAUCAAGCCAAAGUGCAUAACUGAUGUAUGAUGUACACCUAACAACAAGAUUUUCCUUAAGGCUAAAAAUAGUUUUGAACUAACACGACUAUCAUGUAAUUGUUUUAAUAUAUAUUAUGCUUCUAAAAAUAUAAAGUUAUUGUAUCCGUCA